AUGAGUGCUCUACGGAGCUCAGCAUUACAUUUUUUAAAAUCCAUGUACAAUUCAUUCAGUCGGCAGACUUUAUUACGGCACGUCAGCAGGGAGACUAUCCUUGUGACAGUACUCUUCUGCUUGACAAGCUUCGUCGUUUAUCGUCUCUACUUCCACCCUCUGGCUCAUGUACCUGGCCCUUUGCUGGCAAAGUGGAGCGGAUGGUGGCGCAAUUACCGCUAUUUUAGAGGUACAUGGCACGACGACAUCCUGAAAGUCCAUCGAAAUUAUGGCCCAAUCGUCCGUAUAGCCCCAAACGAGCUAUCGGUUGUCGAUGCCCAAAUCACUAAGCAGCUCUACGGCCAUGGACACAAUGCCCAGAAGACCAAGUGGUAUAGUACAUGGGAUAUUCCCGGUGCGGCACCUGGCCUGUUUGCCGAGCAAGAUAAAAAGCUUCAUGCAUAUCUUCGAAAACGCGUGUCUGGUGCUUACUCCAUGUCUGCGAUCCUCAAGUUUGAAACAUACGUCCAGGGCUGCCUCGAUCUCAUGCUGGUUGGCCUGAAAAAGCACAGUGAUAAAGGAAAUACCGUCAACAUGGCAAAUUGGACCAAUGCGCUAGCCUUUGACGUGGUGGGCGAGCUAGCUUACGGCUCGAAGCUAGGUCACCUCGAAACAGAGACAGAUGUCAUGGGUAUACGAAAGGCCAUCUUUGACGGGUUUUUCAUUAUGGCCAACUUCGGCCACUUCCUUGGCCAGGCACAGCUGGUCAACAAUAAGAUCGUAAACGGGUUCUUUGCCCUUUUCGGAGGAUCUAGCGGAUUCUCCGGAUUUCAAAAGUGGAGCGCGGACAAGGUUAGGAGUCGCAUGGGCAAUGAUGGGGCUGGUGGGAGAGAGGACAUGCUAGCUCACUUCAUCCGCAUGAAGAAUGACCAAGGGGAGCAGGCGUCCUUUCCGGAAGUCCUCAUCGAAGCUAUGAACAUCAUCGGUGCUGGCGCAGACACCACGUCCAUCGGCAUGAGGUCAUGCAUGUUCUAUAUCUGCUCGAGGCCCGAUGUUUACAAAAGGUUACAGCGAGAAAUUGACGAUUACUAUGAUUCAAUGGGACUUUCAAACCCCAUAACAUACCAACAGACCCAGCAAUUACCGUAUUUGGUCGCGGUUUGCAAAGAAGCUAUGAGACUGCUGCCGUCAAUCGUCUAUCAGCUUCUUCGGUACGCGCCAGAAGGGCUGAGCGUUGAGGAUAAACACAUCCCCACUGGCACGCCGAUUGGGAUCAGCCCAAUCUCACAGAAUCGAGAUCGGAAGGUCUUUGGGCCGGACGCGGACGAAUUUAGACCUGAAAGGUGGUUUGAGGACGAGUCAAAGACAAGGUUGAUGGAUAGUAUUAACAUGACCUUUGGUGGUAAUGGUCCCCGAAUGUGCGUCGGGCGCAAUAUUGCACUGGUGGAGAUUCACAAGUUUGUCGCUCAGCUUCUACGAAACUUCGAUGUCGGUCUUGUCGACCCGAAUAAGCCGUGGCAUAUCACGAGUUAUUGGUUCGCCUAUCAGCACGACAUGAACAUGUGGCUCAAAACAAGGCCUGGCCGGGCUCUUCAGGCGCCAUCGGGAUAA